GGCAGUCCGACCGCAUUCUGCCUCAGCACCUUUAACGCCCGCUGUGCCCUUGGAUACUGCCACCCUGCUCACUUCCACACCGACUAACCGUAUAUCUUAACGAGGUACCCUGGAUCUUUACUACUGUACUGGAGUGUUGCGUUCACCGUCCUGAGUCCUCUGCGCUGCGAAUGGAGAAGGUCCAAGGAUAACAGAGGGGUGCAGGACUGUGCUACUGCAGAAGACCUGCCGGUAGUUCGCUGCCCGGGGGGCUGCCUUUCUGUCAGAGGCUGUGGUGUCGCAUCCACUGUUUUAAUUAUCUAAAAUCGCCUUGCAUGGAUGCAGCAUGGCUGCGUUUAUAUGCAGGGUGCAGUUCUUAGAUGAUACUGAUCCAUUUAACAGCACCAAUUUCCCCGAGCCCACCAGGCCACCACUUUUCACUUUCAGGGAAGAUAUUCCUCUGAUAAAUCAGAUUGCUGGAAUCCACAGACUGCUUAAAGCCCCACACAAGCCUGAUGACUGUGCCCUUCAGCUGUCCCAUAAUGGAAGCUACCUGGACCUGGAGUCUACGCUGGCAGAGCAGAGAGAUGAAAUGGAGGGAUUUCAGGAAGAAGGAGGGAGGGGCAAGAAACACAGUGUCAUUCUUCGAACACAGCUGUCCGUCAGAGUUCACGCUUGCAUAGAAAAACUCUACAACUCUACUGGACGGGAGCUACGGAGAGCACUAUUUUCCCUCAAGCAGAUAUUUCAGGAUGACAAGGACCUGGUGCACGAGUUUGUGGUGGCAGAAGGACUGACAUGUUUAAUAAAAGUUGGCGCUGAAGCCGACCAGAACUACCAGAAUUACAUCCUCAGGGCUCUCGGUCAGAUUAUGCUGUAUGUGGACGGGAUGAACGGCCUCAUAUCUCACAAUGAAACAGUCCAGUGGCUUUACUCCCUGGUCGGAUCUAAGUUUCGUCUGGUGGUGAAGACAGCACUAAAACUGCUGCUGGUGUUUGUGGAGUACACCGAGUCUAACGCCGCCCUGCUCAUAAAGGCUGUAAAUGUCGUGGAUGCCAAAAGAGGCACAAAACUGUGGUCAAACAUCAUGGAGAUCCUGGAGGAGAAAGAUGGAGUGGAUACAGAGUUGCUGGUGUAUGCGAUGACACUCAUCAAUAAGACGCUGGCAGGCCUCCCCGAUCAGGACUCGUACUAUGACAUGGUCGACUGUCUGGAGGAGCAGGGUGUCGAAGCAGUGGCCCAGAGACACCUGAGCAGGAAAGGCACGGACCUCGACCUUGUAGAACAGUUCAACAUCUACGAGAUCACACUUCGCCAUGAGGAUGGAGACGAGGAAACCCAACUUCCUCCCAGCGUCCGCAAGGACCGCCGGCGUGCCAGCGUCGAUGGCACCAACGAGAAGCGAGGUCUGGAGAGAAGACGCAGCCGAAGACAUUCGCUCCACAAUAGCAGAGACCACGCUUCUGCCCCAUCAUCACCCAGCAGCCCUCGUACUCCCGCAAGCCGCUUCCUGCCCUUCGGUGGCCAACGUGUUGAAGACAUCAGUGAAAGGAUCAGUGCCAACGGCAGUCCAUACCCUGGCAGGCACCAGCCUCCUACGUCACCCAGCCACCGCUUCACUAGUUCAGCUGCCUCCACACCAGACUCCAAAGCGGUUGACAGACCUACUUUAGGGGGCUUGCUAACGUCUUCGUAUAGACAGCAUCAGGAGUCUCUGGCUGCGGAAAGAGAGCGGAGACGCGUUGAAAGAGAAGAGCGACUUCAGAGAAUCGAAAGAGAAGAGAGGAACCGCUUCAAUAAAGAUUAUGUAGAAAAGAGGGAAGAAGCAAGACACGCCAGAGAGGAAAGGUACAAGGCUGUGGAGAGGCUAGCUUCAGAGGAGUUUGAGCGGGAGCGCCCCAGGGUGCCAACAAGAGGACGAACAGAGAUCACGUUGUGUUUGAGUCCAAACCCUGUCAGUCGCUCUGUAUCCCGCUGUACCACACCUUCGACCAUCAUCUCACAGGAUGACACUGCACAACAACGGACAGGAACAGAACGUAUCUCAGAGCCAAACCUUGACCCGCAGACCAGACCCGAAAGUCUAGCGCCAGAGUUAACAGUACCAGAACCUCCCCCCACUACUCCCCCCGAGCCAGACAUGCAGCAGACUGAGAAAGAGUCGCCUGCAGAGACAGAGGAUCUUGAAGAGACUCAAUCUGACCAGAAUGUAGUGCCAGAAUCGGCGUCAGAUGAACAGUCAGGAAUGGAGACAGAAGAGAGGCAGGAGCAGGAGAAGGUUGAGGAGCAGACUCAGUGUAUAGAUGAGGUAGGAGCAAAAGAGGAAGUGAAGGAAGUGGAGGUUAUAGAUGUAGCAGAGGUGGGCCAACCAGACGUGGAGGUGAAUGUGGAGUUACAGGAGGAGCAGCCGACGGAAAGGGAUGUAGAAGACAGUGUACUGCUGAGUGAGAAGGAGAGACAGAACGAGGAAGUGAACGAAAAGGACAACUGCUCCGCAUCCAGCAUCUCCUCCACAAGUAGCACUCUGGAGAGGGAGGAGCGGGAGGAGAAACUCACCAACGAAAUUGAAGCAGGCCAGUGGACUCAGUGCAUUAAAGACACAGAUGUGAACGACCAGUGCAACAAAAUACUCAACAGCAAGCGCUUCAUGCUGGACAUGCUCUAUGCUCAGGGGACAACCAGCAAGGAUGAAGAGAAUGUAGCAGAAAGGGAAAAAGAAAACUGUAAAUGUGAGAAGGAGACAGAGGUCGGCGACUCCUCUGUGGCCAGCUUGGCCAGCAGGAUCUCCACACUGGAGGCUCACAGACAGGCCAGAGAAGAAAAUGUGAAAAAAAUGGAGGUGGGGCAUCUGGACAACCAGGGCAAUGUCAGAGCAGUGGCAGAGAAGUUUGGCGAUUUGGUCAAAGGCCUGACAUGUCCUCCUGAGGUGGAGGCCUCUAAAGAGCAGCAGCAGACGGACAAAUCAUCAACGGCUGCCUCAUCAACCGCACCCCCCAAGAAAGAGUCAGACUAUAUUUGGGAUCAGCUGAUGGCCGAACCCAGAGAGCUGCGCAUCAAAGAGAUGGACUUCACGGACCUCAGGGACGAGGAUGAUAUGGAUAUUUUAGAUAUGGACAGUCUGAUGAGGUCAAGUGACCUGUUACCCCCACCGCCCCCUCCGCCGUGCAAUGCCUCCCUUCCGCCGCCCCCGCCCCUGUUCGGAUGCCCCCCUCCUCCUCCCCUCCUUGGCAAAAUGAUGCCCCCACCCCCCCCAUUCAUGCCCCCUAUCCCCCCGCCCUCCCCUCAGCUGAGUCGAGGGGGGGAGAUGCCUCUCUUCCAAAAGAAGAAGAAGACGAUCCGUCUCUUCUGGAACGAAGUGCGUCCCGUGGACUGGCAGUGUAAGAGUCAUAAAUUCUGUAAGGAGUCCCUCUGGUCCAAACUGGAGCCAGUCAAAGUAGACACGUCCAAACUGGAGCAGCUGUUUGAGUCUAAAUCCAAGGAGCUGCCUGUCACUAAGAAAGCAGUUGUUGAUGGCAAACGACAAGAAAUCAUUGUCCUGGAUUCAAAACGCAGCAACGCUAUAAACAUCGGCUUGACUGUCUUACCUCCUCCUCGCACCAUUAAGACAGCUAUCCUCAACUUUGAUGAGUACGCACUGAACAAAGAGGGCAUUGAGAAAAUCCUGACCAUGAUCCCCACAGAGGAGGAGAAGCAGAGGAUCCAGGAGGCUCAGCUGGUCAGCCCUGAUAUUCCCCUGGGCAGCGCCGAGCAGUUCCUCCUCACCCUCUCCUCCAUCACAGAGCUGUCGGCUCGCCUGCAGCUAUGGGCAUUCAAGAUGGACUAUGAGCUUAUAGAGAAGGAAGUGGCGGAGCCUCUGCAAGACCUGAAGGAAGGGAUGGACCAGUUAGAGAAAAACAAGACUCUCCGCUACAUCUUGACCACAUUGCUGGCCAUUGGCAACUUCCUCAAUGGCACUAAUGCUAAAGGCUUUGAGCUGAAUUACUUGGAGAAGGUCCCGGAGGUGAAGGACACGGUUCACAAGCAGUCCCUGCUGCACCACGCCUGCGCCAUCGUGGUGGAGAAGUUUCCAGACAGCACUGACCUCUACUCUGAGAUAGGAGCAAUCACACGCUUGACCAAGGUGGAUUUCGACCAGCUUCAAGACAAUCUGGCCCAGAUGGAGCGAAGGUGCAAAGCAUCAUGGGAUCACCUCAAGGUCAUUGCGAAAUAUGAGAUGAAACCAGCAUUGAAACAAAAAAUGUCUGACUUCCUCAAGGAGUGUGCAGAGAGAAUUAUAAUUCUGAAGAUUGUUCAUCGGAGAAUACUCAACAGGUUCCAUGCCUUUCUGCUGUUCCUGGGCCAUCCGAUAUAUGCUGUACGUGAGGUUAGCAUUCAUCGCUUUAGCAAGAUCCUAAGUGAAUUUGCCCUGGAGUAUCGAACAACAAGAGAGCGCGUGCUACAACAGAAACAGAAGAGGGCCAACCACCGAGAGAGAAACAAGACCAGGGGAAAAAUGAUAACAGAUAGUGGUAAAUUCAGCGGCGCCCCAUCAGACGCACAGGAGAGCCAACCUCAGGGGAUCCAGUAUACUGAGGAUGCAGCCGAACAUGAGAACAUGAAGGCUGUAUUGAAGAGUAGCUUGCAGGGCGGAGAGAGCCCCACGUCCACAGUGCCAGGCCUCCGUACGCGCACCAGAGCCAGCGGCACCAGAGGGCGUGUUGCCCCAUGGUGCUCUGCCAGUGACGACCCAGUGAACUGCACAGAUGAUACAGCUGAUGAGAUCAUGGAGAGGAUCGUUAGGUCGGCCACUCAGGGUCCCAGCCAGCGGACGCAACCUCGGGAGAGGAGACGAUCCCGAGUCAACCGAAAAUCAUUAAGAAGGACGCUUAAGAGUGGUUUGACUACGGAGGAGGCGAACGCUCUUGGCUUGUCCAGUGGUUCAGAGAUGCAGGUGUGAGAUGGACAAAUGGUCGUGUGGAAGCCCUUUCACUGCCCCUCCAAUGCCUACAUCCAACUUGGCAACCCACUCCACUCAGGCUUGGCACUAAAAUCCCCCCUAGCUUUGAUGAGUUGACCUUAUCUUUAUGCGUUUAGUUCACAUAGGCUUGUCACAAGUGCUUCCUGGAGAGAUUGGAUAAAAGCUUUUAUUCAUGAACUGACGGUCAGAGAGCGGAGUGCUGCAUCUAAACCACUAAGCUUUGCUAUCGCUGGAUAAACAUGGAUGACGUGCAAUCAUUCAGCCUAAUCAGUCAUCCUUCGAAAAUGACAUUGCAAAAAAGCACCCCCGCUAAAGGGUGUUUUUUUUUAAGGCUGAGGGCAUCAAAAGAGUUGAGUGUGCUUCGAUCUCCGUGGCCUUGACUGAAUCCAAAGGGCAGGAAACGUGGUCCGGACACUAAACUCUCCGCUGCUUGGGUUUAGUGUCAGCCCUGCAGCUUUAGAGACAAAUCAAAACACAUUUCGUCUGUUGAAUAGAUGGCUUUGUGCAGAGGGUUAUAUACUACUGUGGUAGUUUUGUGUUUCUUUUUAUUUUGCUCAAGAAGGUGCUCAAAUAAGGAACAAUUGCACUGGAUGUAAAAGUUGGGUAUCAAUGGAAUGUGAAAUCCUUGACACUGAUGAACCACUGACAUCGGAAAUAAUACUCGACAGUUUAACCAGCAAAUCUACAGUAGCACAGUUUUGUCUAAUCAAAGUGACUGGAUCAGAAGGAAUUUAUCAGAGAAACUUCUUUCUAAAGAUCUCAGUCAACAGUUAAGGUGAGACUCGUGAUUCCACUAGUCUCAGAGUAGAGCUCAUCAAUCAUUUUAGCUCGAACAAAUCCCAUCAUGUAACAUAUUCUCUCUGACGGACUGAACAGUUUAAGGAAGGCAAGUGCAGUGUUACAAGGAAGCAAUUUUCGGUUAUGUAGUUUUAUUUUCUAGAAACUAUGAGCUGCACAUCUCAGAGUGCCUUUCAGAGACAGUUAUUUAUUAAGAUGUUUUCAGGGACAUUUAAUCAAGGAAAUGUUACUAGAUAGAUGUGCAGUCUGUGACGGACGAGAGGAUAAUACUGCAAUGUACAUCAUUCACGAGCUGUGAUUUAUUUUUAACCAGUGUUUUUAAUCCUGUCCUGGAUCAAAUAGUAUGUAAUGAAGAUAGCUUUAAAGUAUUUAUGACAUCUUAGGAUUGGUCAUGCACAUUAGCUGUAUCCUGUUGCCUUAUUGUGCAUUGUUCCACUCUAGUCAAGAUCUAGAUAAAGUUAUUAAAAACUACACCAGGCCAAUUUAAUGUGUAGUUCAACUGGUUUCACUGGAGAUCUCAGUUUGUGGUUCACAGGACAUUCAUUCUCUAACUAUGAAUGUGAACAUCAGGGGGUAAUUAGCAAUACGGACACUCACAAAAUCUCAAUAAUGUAUCUAUUGUUACUUACAACUGUAUUAAAGUUAAAAAGAAGGAGCCCGCAGUUUAACUAACAUUGUGUCAUUAAUCUAUUUGCAAUGGCCUUGGCUAAAUUAAUAACGUGCCCCAUUUCAGAUCAUUUCAUAGCCAGGAUAAUCUGUCCACUAGCUAACUCUCACUGUGACGGAAACAUAGCCAUUGAGAAAGAAACACAUCUAGUGCAACAUCAAGAUGAAGCUAUGUAAAACCCACCCAGCAGUUUUUGUUUUGUUUAGAAUUAACUGAAAACUAAUCAGCACCUUAGGCUCAAUGUGUAGCAUGCAACUUAGUGGAACUGAAGUUAUGGGGGGGUGGGGCAUUCCUGUUUCCCAGAUUGUACUGAUUUCUGUCAAAAACAAGACAGAAUAGAUGUGUAAGUUAAUAUAGGGGGAAUGCUGUAAAAUGAUGUACAUGACAAUGUCUUCGAGUUCUGUUGUUUUUGCGCCAUGUGUAGAAUAGUGUAUUAUAGACUAAAAGCAGUAUUAUUCUAAAUAUAAUUUAAGCAAACCAAGCCAUGCAUGGUUUAAAAAAAUAAGGUGUCACUUCUGCUCAAUACAAAAGUUGGUUCUCUGUGCUGUAGGGUUUGUGUUAAUACAUACUUAUACUUAACCGAGGGUGAAGUGCACAAACAUGGUGAACAUGCAGUGUUGAAAUUCACCAGCUAGUCCUGUGGAAAGAAGCCUUUGAUUUCAUUGCACUCAACAUUUCUUCUUCGUAAUUUAACGUUAGCCCACCACACAUGUUGCUGCCUGUGCCAUAACAUCACUGUGGAACUUGGACACAAGUGCUAUACAACCAAGGCUUCCAUUGCAUCUUUGCCCACAGCAAAAACUAUGUAACAAAGUCAAUAAAAAGGCUCAUUAAAA